UGGAAUCGUUCUCUGAAUCUCCGAAAGCUGACAGAGGUGAGCUACCCAGGUCUGAGACAGACCAUGAACCUGAAGAGAGCAGUCAAAUUCAACCGCCUGCCUGAGGUUAGUUUGUGCUGCCACCUAGAGGCAAAAUCAUGUUAGUGCCAUUACAAUCUGACAUUGGUCUGAUAUCACAGAACUAUCAACUGAAUGCCCAGAUGACAGACUAUUUAAAGAUACUGUUUUUAAUCAUCAGGAAUUUAUUUUUCCUUCUCACGGCACUUACUGAAAGUGUUAUUUUUUUUCCUGUCCUGCUACAUUUCUCCAAGAUGACCAAGACACCAGGUCUACGCCCUAUGACUAAAGAAGAUGUUGCCGGGUUACACUCUCUACUCCAGGCAUAUUUCCGCAAGUUUCACCUUAGUCCCAUCUUAUCUUUGCUGGAAGUAGAGCACUGGCUGUUGCCGAGGGACAACGUGAUUGACACUUACGUUGUGGAGGUCAAUUGCAGCCUCUUUAUUUUUAAUUUCCUCACCCUUUUUCUGAAACAUUUAAAUUCAUAUGAUGCUGAAGUGGUUAAGAAUUGAUUCACCUCAGCUCCUCACACACAGGGUGAUGACGGGACACUGACAGACAUGGUGAGUUUCUAUGGCGUCUCCUUCAGGGUGCUGAAUCACCCGGUCCACACCGGCCUGAGAGCAGCUCAUCUGCUCUACUUUGCCUCAACUGUCACAGACCCAGUGGAGCUCAUGGAGGACACGUUGGUCCUGGCUAAAUCUAAAGGUUUUGACAUCUUCUCUGCUCUCGACGUGAUGGAUAACAAGAGUUUCCUGGAGAAGCUCAAGUUCAGCAUCAAUGACACAAGCCUUCAUUACUACCUGUACAACUGGAUGUGUCCUAAUGUGAGCCCAGACAAGGUGGGCUUGGUGUUACCCAACUGAUACGCCACUGAAAGAAGACAGAGUGGUGACGAUGAAAGGACCGGAGCCAUUGGCAGGACAUCAAACUACAUCAAAAGCAUGAAUUUGGGUUGAAAAUAUAAACAGACAAACUGUAAAACACACACACUCACACACACACACAUUCAC